CGCGGAAAUGGGCGAGCAUAAUCUCCUUAAUCCAGGGUUUGUGGGACCUUUGGUUAACAUCCACACUGGAGACACCUUUUACUUUCCGAAUUUUAGAGCCUCAGGGGGACAACUGGCGGGGCUACCGUCUCUCUCCUACCCGAGAAGGGACAAUGUUUGCUCCCUCCCGUGGAAUCCUUCGGAGCCGUGCAAUGGAUACUCUCAAUCCUACUUUAGCAGCCCCGUGUCUAUUAACCCUUCUUUCAAUCGGUCGUGUGAAAUCAGCAGACCAGAAGAGGGUAAAUGUUAUUAUAACAACGGCAGCGGGAGCAGGGAGACCUGCUCAGGUGGCAGCAGCCUCAAACGAGAGGACAGGGCGAGAGACACAUCAUCCCUAACAUCCGAGCACGGGAUGCACAGUGGGAUAGGCAACACUGCCGCGUUCUCCAAAUACGAUUACGGGACCGAGCAGCUAACGCAAGAUCCGCCAUCCUGUCAGUCAAUGGAGUCCGACUCCAGCUCCUCUCUGCUCAACGAGGGCAGCAAGCCUUCAUCCAGCGACACACAGACCCUGGUGUCACCGGGAAGCCAUUCAAGCAACAUAGCCGCAGGCGGAGGUGCCCCGUGGUACCCGAUGCACACUCGGACCAGAAAGAAGCGCAAGCCCUAUUCCAAACUCCAGCUGGCCGAGCUCGAGGGUGAAUUCAUGCUGAAUGAGUUCAUCACCAGGCAGCGGCGGAGGGAGCUCUCCGACCGUCUGAACCUCAGCGACCAGCAAGUCAAGAUCUGGUUCCAGAACCGCAGGAUGAAGAAGAAGAGACUCAUGCUGAGGGAGCAAGCUUUGGCCUACUUUUAGAGAUGCGGCAGAAGGUGAAUCGAUAGGCAGUAAAAAGCCAAAACCUUCUACGCUCCCUUAGGUCUUCUUUCAAUGCAUGCACUCAAUCUAUCCAUCUUUUCAAUUGCAGGCAAUUCCUACAACAUUUUCUGAUAGCCUAUAUAUUUUUUCUCUUAAAGGUGCGGGCUACACACAUGCCCAAAAACAAGCCACUAACUGUCAUUCAAAGCUAUUCUCAAUGAGACUUUCCUCAUGUUUGGUAUAAUCGCACAAAAGAAGCUGUGAGAACUGUGUAGGAUACAUCUCUUGGUUUUCCUUAUCUGUCAAGAGAUUAGUCCACGCCCAAAUUGUAAACCAUGCAAAAUGUGUGUUGCUCAGAUUUGGGAAUAUACACACAAUGACAGCAUUGUUGAGUUCCCUUUUUAGUCAGUGAAAAUAAUGAGGCGGCGGGACCACUUGGUAAAAAAUCCGAAUAGGCCUAAAAAAUAAUAGUGAAGUCAGAAAGCUAGAAGACUGGCUUUAGUCGCAACCGCGCAAUAAUAUCUCUGAUGGUUUAUGAAGAACAAUCUCGCUCCCAUAGUUGUUUAAAACUUCCUCAGCCACCAUGUAUUGGUGUAAGAGGAGCUUCCUCCUUAUCUCCUCUCCAUAGUUCUCGUCACACGUUGUGGGCACGUUCACGGUCACGGGCAGGAAGUCUGGGAGUCUGCGUGAGGAGUGGGAGGACUAAAAAAACGCAACGUAAUCCAUAUCCAUAUAUUUAUGAGGGGCACAUUGAAACAGCAAUUGCCAUGACUUUGUUCAUGUGCUAACAAGUUUCCAAAGGUGAUUCCUCUGCUUCUAUCGCCUCUCAUCGUGUCUCCACAACAAUCACAGAAUCCUGCAUGGGUUGCAUUUCUUUAUACGAGUGAGAUCACCGUUGAAUACGGUUUUGAGCUGCUAUUAAAAGACCCACGUCCCGAUUGUGAAAAAAAAGUAUAUUUUACAAUAAACUCUCUAUGGAUAUAAAGAAAAUAUUCACCAGUGUUAAGCAUAUUUUACACCCGCUCGGUUAAACAAGAGAACCACCCACCUCUGCAGCUGCGGGUGGGGAAAUGCGUUUUUAGGCCUAAAAGAACAUUUCUGAAACUUGGUGCUCACGAAGAAAAUAAAUAUGUAGAAGAUUUAAAACACUCAAUUAUAGGCCUGACCGUGUGCUCCCUUAAUUCGGGACGAAUGCAAUUAUCUGUCAUGUAUAAUGAGUAAGCUAUAGCAGUAAAAAGUAUUUGCAGCAUGUUAUUGAUGUGAAAUAAUUAUAAGUGGUGUUCUGCGGGCCACUUUUUUAUACCUUUUUCCCCCUGAACAAAUCAAAAGCGAACAAAACCUUAAACAUUUCUGACACAAACCUCUAUAAAGAAUGUAUUAUUAUUAAUAUUAUUAUUGUUAUUAUCAUUAUUAAUAUUAUAAUGGUGGAAGGACGGAGGGCCUAUUAGGCCUACUUAAUGUACUUGCUCCUUGCAAUGUCCUCAAUGUCGUCCCUUCCCUUACCUUGUACUCGUGUAUAACUUUGUAAAAUCAAAUUACACAUGUUACUAUUCGCCUCCUAUUUUGGGAUCCCUUAUCGGUAUGUAAUGGUGCGUUAUGUUAUUGAUCGUCUUGUACAACAUUGCAUUCCAUAGCCUAUUUGUGGUUGUAUGGGUUGGAAAGUAGGCCUAAAUAUAUCAUACUGCCAAAAAUGCAUAGAAGAAGUGGUAUGCAAGAACCUUUACCAUACAUGUCAUUUAAAGAAACUCUGUUUGUAGUAGCUGUUUGUUAACGUUCCUUUAUUUCGUCCCUCACUGCAUUCCCUUCUUUGCGCUUGUAAGGAUUGCUACAUUGUCUUGUAAAAGUAAUAAUGAUAUGAAUGUAUAUGCGUAAGGUCUUCAAUAAACAGAAUAUUGAAAUGUU